GUGGGCUGCAAGCGUUGCCACAGUAUUAAAUGAGUCAUUGCUGCAACGACAGACACUCGACUCGUAGAUUGGUUCGAAAUUCAAACAAAGGUAUCAAACAAUAUAAAGCGUGGUUAUCCCGAAAGGAAUUUUUUGUUCAAUGUUCAAGGGCGACAUUGGUGUCUGAAUGAGCAAAGAACACAAAUAACCAGCCGAGUCGAAACGAAACAAAAUAUUUUCCUGAAAAAAAAAAAAAAACAGCGAGCUGUUAUACAAACAAAUAACCCUUGCUCUGGCAGCUUGUGUGAGAAAUGCGAAAAGGAUUACCAAGGUUACUCGGUAAAUACGAUAACGUGUAAAAAAAAAAUGACUGUGAACUGUUCCACUUUCUUUUCUUUGUUAAGCUGUGGAGCUCUCCCCUCUCAGGGGAUUUCACAUCAGUGUUUGAAAGUCUAGCACUGGAGUAAAUUGUAGAAGUCUCUUCUCAGCUGCUAUGAUUGCCUGCUGUCUACAUAAAUACUACCAGAGUCUAAUGAAGAUGGUCUACACCGUAUGUAUGCUCACUGCUACGCUUGAAACUUGUGAGUCUGCUAGUGACAGGUGUACCUCUUCCUCUAUAUCAAGCUGCAAUGACUGUCUGUACCGUGGACCAGAAUGUGGAUGGUGUUUUCAAGAGGAUUUCCUGGUUGGAGCUGCACUGCAUGAAAGAUGUGACCUUGUCUCCAACCUAAUUAAGAAAGGCUGUAUAUCAGAUUUUAUUGAGUCUCCCUUAGUGAAGGUACUGAUGAAUGCCGUCUCAACAAGCUCACAGGCCACACCAAGAGAUGUUUCAUUACAUCUGCGACCAGGCAGUGAAGUACACUUUAUUUUAGAAGUACACCAACUGGAAAGGUAUCCUGUGGACAUGUACUUUUUGGUGGAUGUAUCUGCAUCGAUGCAAGACAAUUUAGAUAAACUAAAGUCUGUUGGAUUUUCUCUGUCGCAAAAAAUGCAAGAAUUUUCCAGUGACUUUCGGCUUGGCUUUGGAUCAUUUGUGGACAAGCCGGUUUCCCCUUACAUUAAUGUCCAUCCACCUAAAAUCGUGAAUCCCUGCAGUGACUAUGAUAUACAGUGCAGGCCAGCACAUGGGUUUAUCCACAUGCUUUCUCUUACUGAAAGCGUCACAGAGUUUACAAGAGUGGUUCAACAGCAGCGCAUUUCUGGAAACAUGGACACACCAGAAGGAGGUUUUGAUGCUAUGUUCCAGGCAGCUGUGUGUCAGAGCCAUAUAAGAUGGCGUAAAGAAGCAAAACAUUUACUACUUGUGAUGACUGAUCAACCUUCUCAUCUGGCACUCGACAGUAAGUUAGCGGGAAUCGUUGUACCUCAUGAUGGAAACUGUCACCUGAUUAAUAACACAUAUAGUGAGACAGCCAAUAUGGAACAUCCAACUAUAGGACAACUGGCUGAAAAGUUAUCAGAAAACAGCAUUUAUUCUAUUUUUGCCAUAGAAGGACAACAAUAUACGUGGUAUGAGGAUCUCAUUCCAUUACUGCCAGGUGCUGUGGUUGGAAAACUUGAAUCAAAGGCAUCCAAUCUGAAAGAGUUAGUGGUAGAUGCAUACAAGAAACUCUUAUCUGAGGUGGAAUUGCAGGUGGAAAGCCUGAUAAAAGGGGUGUUUGUUGACGUCACUGCCAUCUGUCCUGAUGGCUCAACAUCCCCAGGCCUGAAGAAAUGUGGAAACCUGAAACCAAAUGAAAAGGUUCUUUUCAAUAUAACAGUUGGAAUGCAAGAGUGUCACAGUGCGGGAGAUGGAGCGUAUAUAUUCCUAAAGCCUUUUGGUUUUAAUGAAACCACCAAAGUGCGAAUCCAGAGGUCCUGCUCAUGCCGGUGCAGCAGUGCAACAGAACACACUCCUGGAAGGUGCUUGGAUGAAGUGACUCCUCAGGACUGUGAGAACUGCAGGUGCAACCAUGCAGAGAAGACAAAGGAUGACCAGCUUCCUUUAAGAAACUGUCAGGCAGACCAAAUGCAACCCGCCUGCAGCGGUCGAGGUCUUUGCUUAUGUGGAAAAUGCUUAUGUGACCAAAGCAGCCUUGGAAGAAUCUAUGGAGAAUACUGUGAAAUGGAUGGCUUUUCCUGCCCUUACUACCAAGGACUUCUUUGUGGUGGUCAUGGUCAGUGUAUAUCUGGCAAGUGUGAAUGCAGCAGUGGCUGGGAGGGUGAAAAUUGUAACUGUUCUGUCUCUACUGAGACCUGUUUGACGGCAGACUCUCGGCUCUGCAGUGGAAGAGGGAAGUGUGUCUGUGGGCAGUGCCAAUGUGAAGAUCCAAGAAGUUCAGGUCAAUUGUGUGAACUGUGUCCUACCUGUGAAAGCUUGUGUGAAACAAACCGGAAAUGUGUGCAGUGCCACUUGUUUAAUGACUUUACUGAAACUAAAACAACACAGUGCAACUCGACCUGCUCCCCCAUGGUACAUUAUGUCAAUCAGAUUUUUGACUCAGAAAGUGAAACUUUUAAAAACUGUCUUAUUCCAACAAAAGAAAAAUGCCACUAUAAAUUUCAAAUGGAACCUAUCUUUGGAGGAGAACAGAUCCGUAUCUUCAGAUACCCAGAAUGUAUAACUGAGCAGAGUUACUUUCCUACAUUUAUCAUGUUCUUCAUUAUGACGGUGGUGAUUGGAGUAAUGGCAAUAGGGAUCUUGAAAUGCAUUGUGAUGCGAGAGAACCAUGUGAAAGGCGCGUCUCCAGUUGACAUCUUUAGUUUAUCAACAAAGAAGGACUACUUUCAUACUGCAAAUGAGAAGACAAUAACAUACAGAAGGGACAGACCAGGAGAGAGCCACAUCCACAAAAUGCCAUUGAAUGACAUCUGACAACAAGUAAAUACACACUGGUGAAUAGUACAAUUGGGGAAGAAACAUCUAAAAUGUGAAUGGGGAUUUCCAACCUUUUUUUUUUUUUUUUUUGCCUUUUUAAAUGUAUUUAUUUAUUUUAAUAAUCGUUUAUAUUUUAUGGCUAAAAAAUCUUAUCCAUAGCCACCAAACUGAGAACAUUUGGGAUCAUUCUGAUAUUAAAUCAGUAGCUCGCAUGUUUAAAGAUGAGAGGUAAUCAGCACACAACUUACAGUGCUUGGAGUUUUUUUUAUGUUUUUAAACAUUUUUUCUAAACUUUCAAAAACAACUGCUGACUGCAUUGCCAACAAUAACUUGAAAUAAACAAGUUUUUCCCCCCCCCCUUAUAAUUUUAACAAAUAAAACAAAGAUGACAAAUAUAAAUAGCAAACCGGACCAACAAUGGAUGGAAAUUUACAUUAUGAAGUCUACUCCAACAAGAGAUACAGGCUUCAGUUCGACAUUUACUUACAUGCGUUCUGUUUUUCAAUAUUUGUAAACUGAUCGGAUUUUUAUCAGAAAACUAUUUUACAGAAUUAAAUUGUAUGGACAGAGCUAGUGUACUAUUGUAAUCACGCAGCAAUGCAAUUGUCUUUCAAAGUGUUAGUGACGCCACUCCUUAAUUGAGUUUUCUACUCAACAAAUAUUACAACGGCUUGUGUUUGUGAAUUGGCAGUGAAUAUCACCUGCAUGUUGCACAAUAUGUUCUAAAUGUUUAGCUGAUAACUGAGUGUACAAAUCGUUUUAGAAACUAAUUGUUUUAUUGUGUAUUAAUACUGUUUAAAAAUUUUACCUGUGAAACACUGGAGAGUAUUGCUGACAAUAGCUGCUAUCAAACUAAUAUAGAUACAUAGAUAUUUAUUAAGUUAUAGCAAGUGUAACAUGGUAGUUUAUUUUAUAAACUAUAAUGUGUAAUACAUUUUGUAUAUGUUUUUGUGUUAACAUUGUUGUUUUAACUUAAUAUGUACGAAAUAUUGCCAUGAUCGACUGUUUUUCUAGAUACAUACUGUAUGGUACUUACAACUAUAUUCCCAACCAUGUGUAGAAUUUGUAAUCUUUGUACUGUAAGUAAUACGCUGCUCUAUAGUGCUGUACUUAAAUCAUUACAAUAAAAUCUACUGGUAAUAA